UUAAACUACUUCAUUAGUACCACAUAUUCCGUGUAGUGUCAUCAUGUAUUUGUUGAUUCAGUAUUUUGUGUUGUUAACAACAGCCUCGUUCGGUUUAACGAAUAAUAUUAUAAUUUUAACCGAUUGGCAAAAAACAACAUUGCAAUGCACGCAAAACUACCUUGAAGCCACCCAAACAUUUUCAAUACAACAUCAUGAUCGGUCCAAUGUGACAUUAAUUGGACUAGACGAAUUCGGGAGCGGCAUUCGAGAGUUAACAUUAAGGAACUUACAAGAAAUCACACCGCAAAUGGCAAGUCGUCCGACUACAAUGCCACAACAGAAAAAAGGAGACGAGCAAUAUUAUUGGAAACUAUUGCGAAAAAUUAGUUUUAGUAGAAAUGGUCGGUUCCUGUUGUUUGCAAAUAGAGGAGAGUUUGGCGAUGAAAAUUUCGCCGAAGGAUACAGAAAGAUCGACAUCGUGUGGUGUAAAAACGGAAUUUGUGAAGAUUGCAGAAUGGCUUACGAACCGGUCGCUAUGGCAAUAGUAAAUCAAGCUCCACAACGCAAAAGCGGCGAAGUCGAUGAAAUUCCAUCAAAAAGUAACACUAUUAACAAAAUCACAACACUUGUUUACAUUAAGCGAAUAUUGAUAAAAGCUUCAGAUAAAUUUUGGUCAGACGGAGGAUUAGACAACUCAAGAGAAUUUUUGUUACAACUAGCACCAAAUUCAGUUUUGAUGGGCAUGCCAGGGGAGAUAGUUAAAUUAUAUUUUAGAGUAAUAAAUAGACAAUGGUUUCCAUUGGAAUUAGUUUUUGACUGUUCGGAUCAACAUGGACUUGUGCGAUCGAUUUUGCCAACCAGAAUUGUAUUACCUCCAAACGGUCCACCAUUUGAUGUAACGGUAAUUAUAGAAGUAGGAGGAUCUGAAGGAACGACGGACCAAAUAACAUUUUCAGUGAUUCAACCACAGUUGGAGUUUAUAAAAGUGAAUUUUUACGUUGGGCAGUUGUCAGGAGAUACUUCGAGGCCAGCAAUAGAUUAUACUUUCAAUGGGGAUUGUCGCUUCGCAGAUACGCCUCAUACAUGCGGUUCAGAAAAAUGGAAUAUCGAAGCAACUAUUAGAGAUGAAAAUUCAGGAUUGGCUGCAAUACAUUCAAUACCAAACCGUCUUCAAUUUCGAAACGAAUUUAUUAUUGGUACCAGAGAUAAAGUAAUUGUAUAUUAUUCUGCAACAUGCUGUUUUCCAAAAGUGGAAAUAAUUGCAACAGAUCUAAGAGGAAAUAUUCGUAGAAAGACGAUAGAUGCAGAAAAACAAUAUUUGAAUCUAGCAGAGAUCAUUGCUUUGGUAUUAGCAGUUCUUUUAAUCAUUUUAUUCCUAAUAUUAUUAGUUUGGGCCAUUCUAAGAUGUCGACGAAGAAGAAAAACUCAAAAUUUUAUUUCAAAUUAAAAGUUCUCAACAAAAAAACAAUUAUAUUUUUUUAUACUAUAAAGAGUUCUUUUAGAAUUCAAUGUACUUUUUGAGUUUUUUAAACUCUGGUUAUUUUAAAUUACUUUUUUUACCCUUUAUCGUUCAUACACAAUUAUUGUUAUUACUAUAAUGUUGUUCUCACCUUGAUCGUUUCUCGGCAAUCUAUUUGAUAUUUCAUUACUACUGGAUGUAUUCAUUUCUUUUAAGUUUUCUUGGUCAGACAUUUCAAAAUUAACUAAAGAUUGUCAACAAAAAAAUUGUAACUAAAAAUAACUUUUUAAUUUUAAAUAGUAUAACUAUUAACCAGUGGUUAAUAGUAUAAAUUAAAAAUAUCUGUACUGCAACUGACGUUCAAUCACAUCGUUGCAUUGGCCAUUGAUUUAUGUUAAUCUAAAUUGCCUGCAGCAAAUAUUAAAUACCUAAUAAAAUAAAUUGAGAAAACACUAACAAAACGAAUUAUCUUUAAUUUUUGUAAAUAAUGAUAAAAUAUAAUAUGAUAAGGUAUGUACAUAUGCGGAUAAGCCUUAUCAAAUUAAAAAAAAAACUGCACAAAGCGCAAACCAAGUAAAAAUCAGUAAUUUAUCUGUCUAUGGCCAACAUAUAAUUAUAUAUUUGUAUAUAUUUACACAUACUUAUA